GAGAGACUGUCUCAUUCGCUGCUGUUCUUCCUAAUUGGAUCAAGCACAGACUUCCCUGACUCUCUGCUCAAUGUUCAUAUUGUGAAAGGAUCGAGACGGCAUACACAGCGAGAGACAGAACCUGUGUUUUUGUGUGAUAUAUAAGAACAGAGAGAAAGAGGAGGGGUAAAAGAAGGGGUGUGUGUCCUCACUCCUCACUCCCAUCUACUCAUCCUUCCGUUUGGUUCUGUGCUCAAGUCUUUACUGACUGCUCCAUAGAGUCUGCGCUUUGAACGGACAAGCACCAGCUGCUUCGGAUGAUUCAGUCAUUUUCAGCAGCAGCUGGCAGAGUGUGAAAGCAUGAGCUGCAGCCCAGUGAUGCCAGCCCUCUCCUCCAGCCCAGCCCCCAGGUGAGUGCUGUGCUCUCUCCGGGACUCUCUGAGACGGGAUCCACCCUCACACGCCUGCAUCCACAGCAUAUGCCUUAUUUGUAGACUUCUGCCUGUGAGACCAUGAGAACAAACCUGGGUGACAGAAAUUAGAACCACGGAAGUCUUCAUCUUCCUCUUGAUUAACGAGGUUAGGCUGUUGAGCAUCGUGUCCGAGUCCCUUCCCCCUGGCUGGUGAUCUGAUAAUGGAAAGAACACUUUACGAGGCAGCAUGCCUGCCGCAGCAUUAGAGGAGGACUGUGCAGCUGCUUCUCAGAGACAGAACGAGGGAGAGAGAUGAAGUCAGAAGCGGAGGACGUCUCUGCCAGACCAGAAUCUCAAGAGGCUCCUUCGGAUGACUUGUCUGAGGUCGCCACGAAAGAGUCGCCCGAGGAAGCGGAGGAGGACGUGGCGGGGGGAAGUGAUAGCUCCGAGCGUGCUCCUCUGGGAUGCGUGCCUUUGCCUGUGGCCGCAUGCUGCGUGUGUCUCGACCUGGAGCGUGUGAGUAACUGCAUCCGCUCAGAAAAAAUCUGCAUCCUGCCCAUCCUAGCCUGCUUGCUAAGUCUGGCCCUCUGCACCGCCGGCCUCAAGUGGGUCUUUGUGGACAAGAUCUUUGAAUACGAGCCACCGACCCACCUUGAUCUCAAGCGCAUCGGACAGGAUCCUAUAAUAUAUUCAGACUUCACUCAGAAUUCACCUUCCACAGUCACUCCGACGACUGUGUCUUUCCCCGGACAGCCCAAGAUUUUUGUGCAAGGGGAGUCUACAGCCAAAACCUUUGAGGUGCACUCAUCGAAGGUGCCAGUUUUUACACCCACUGCAGCAGUGACUGUCCACACAAACUCUGUGUCUCCACCCAGCCCCAAGAGCACCUUCAAACCCCUCCAGAAUGGCACUGCAAACCAGUAUCCAUCACAAACUCUGGAAUCUAAUGAUAUUGUUCCAGUGACCUCGGCCACCAGCACCACUCCCUCAAUCAAGACCUCGAGUCAUGUGACGCGCUGCACCGAGAGCGAGAGGAACUACUGCGUGAACGGUGGCGAAUGCUUCAGGCUGGAGGUCCCACCCGGCAACAUCAAACGCCUCUGCAGGUGCCCCAAUGAGUUUACUGGUGAUCGCUGCCAGAACUACGUAAUGGCCAGCUUCUACAAACAUCUUGGGAUUGAAUUUAUGGAAGCUGAGGAGCUCUAUCAGAAACGCGUUUUGACUAUAACAGGCAUCUGCAUCGCUCUUCUAGUUGUUGGCAUCAUGUGUGUGGUGGCUUACUGCAAAACAAAGAAACAGAGGAAAAAGCUGCAUGAUCGUUUGCGGCAGAGUUUACGAGAGCGAAACGCUGCGGCCAAAGGUCUUCAGCACCCCCACCCUCCACCCGAAAACCUGCAGCUGGUCAAUCAUUGCAUGCCGAAAAAUGUGCAUGUGACGGACAAAGAAAUGGAAACAUCUCUCUCCACAAAUGAGUUCACCUCAUCAUCACAUCCGUCUACUGCUGUCACUCACUCCUCCUGCCAGUGCUGGAGUAAUGGGAAAGCAGAGAGCGUGGUUUCUGACAGUCACGCAGUCCUGGUCAAGUCAUCGGUGGAGAACUGCCAGCAUGGUACAUCCGGUCACAGGGGGCGUCUGAAUGGUACUGGAGGUGUCCAUCAGCUCAAUAAUCACCUGAAGAGCUCCAGAGAAACCCAGGGCUCCUGCAGAGACUCCCCCUACAGCGAGAGGUAUGUUUCAGCUAUGACUACCCCCAGCCGUCUGUCCCCCGUGGGGUUUCUCUCUCCGGCGACGCCCUCCUCGCCUCCCUCCGAGAUGUCGGCUCCUCUGUCUAGCCUGGCAACCUCCUUUCCUUCCAUGGCAACGAGUCCCUCGGGGGAGGAGGAGCACCCCCUGCUGUUCCUGCGUGACAAAUCCGGUCUGAAGUCAGGCCAUAAUCUCCGCAACUCCGCUCACUACAAUCAUGGCCUGGAGCUACCCAGCCCACCGGCCAGCCCUCUGCACAUUGUGGAGCACGAGGAGUAUGAGAGUGCACAGCAGUACCGAAGCACAGCUGCAGCAUCCGCCCCAUCGUCCCCCCCUCACAGCCCCACUGUCGACCCCUGCAGCUCAAGAACUGAGCCGAGUGGCCAGAUGGGUCCUGCAGCGGUGCUGGAGCCAGUCAGCGGCAGUAACACAGAGAGCAGCAGCUCAGAGAGCGAGACUGAGGACGCUCCGUUUGUGGGCUUACAGAACCCUCUGGCCGCUGGAUCAGUUGUUCUAGAUGGGCUGGAGGGCAGCAGAACUAACCAUGCACUGCUCCUCUCACCGCAACACGACCUGCAGAGCAGACUGACAGCUGUCAUGGUCAUCCAAGAUCCUAUAGCUGUGUGAAAGAUGCAUUCAAGAAAAAAAAUUCACCACUAAACCUUUAUUUUCUAUAAUUAAGUAUUGCAAAAAGAAAAACAUCAACUUUUAUUUUAGUUAUGUAGUGAAACAAAGACUUAUAUAUAUGUGUACAGCUUGUUUGUGUCAUGGAAAAAGGUGCCAUUCUCAUGUAGCUGAGGUCACAGUAUUUCAAUGGCAGAAAAAAAUAUAUAGUCAUUGGUGCAAUUUAAUUUAUGUUUGAGGAAAAUAUGACUGCAUCAUGACACUGGGCCAUAUAUUCAUGACUUUAAGGCAACAAGAUACAUUAUGUGUGACUGAAGAAAAAUAAAGAAAUUAAAAAGAAUAAAUUCCACCAGCACUCCAUUUCGGAAUUCUUGCAGUCUGAUUUAAGAGUAAAAAUCAUCAUAGUGGCUUUCCUGUCGACCCACCACCUUUCACAUUUUAUAUGUCUCACCUGAUUCAGAUCAUCAGCUCCAUGAACUGAACUGUGUCAGAUAACAGAGGCAUAGGAUAUGUGCAGUGCUGUGGCUCACCGGGACCAGGAUUGAAAACCACUGACCGUAUUGUGGCAAGAAUGUUUGUGUUUAAUUACACUGAUAAUUGUUUAUGCAUUUUGAUAUAAAAAAAUGACAUGUGGCUGCUGCAAACUGAAAACAAGACAAUUCAAAAGUUAUAUAAAUGAAGAAUAAAUGCUAUAAAAAUACUCACAGGAAGCUAAACUUGUACAAUCAAAUUAAUCAAAAUAUUAAGGUUGUCAUGCAUAGCAAACAUUACUCUAGGAGACAUCUAUUAGAUCUGAUUGUUUUUCUUUCAUAUAAAUGUUUUGAUUUAUUACUGAAUGACUAAAUAUAUGGCUCACUUUUGACGAUCGUGCUUAUUGGCUUAUCAAGCAAUGCAUUGUGGGAAAAUUACAGCACCACUUUUAUGAUAAUGACAUCAUUUUUAUGCCUAUGUUUUAUUUUAUUUGUUAUUGUCCAAAUCACUUUUUAAACAUUUGUCCUUUGCUAUCCAUGUAGAACGUUACAUUAUAUUCAAGUGUUCCUUUAUGUCAUGUUAUUUUUCAUCGAGUUUAUGUUUGUGAUCAUUUAAAGAACCUGUUGUUCAGUAUUUUACUGUGUUUGCAUCACCUGAUUACUACAGUAACUUAUCUAUUCACAAGGUUUUACUGAAAAUAGCCUCUAAUAGUCUAUCCAGCUUGCUAAACAGAAGGAACUGGUUAUACAAACAAUACUUUUAACCUAGAGCUCACUAUAAAACGCACGGCUCUAGUGUGUGAAGGCCUUUUUCCCUAAGUUUUAGUUUUAAUGAAAUGUGGCCCAUUUUAUUGUAUUUAUUUUCUUUAUUUAUUUGUUAUUUAUUUAUUUAUUGCCUGGGCCUUAUGGAAUCUAGCAUCUAUAAAUCUAUAUUUUAAUAGCAAUUAUAAUAUUUACAGUUUUUGGGUACAAACAAACCCUUAUUUCUAGUGGGGGUUUUUUCCUCAUCACUCCAUAAUAUAUGUGUGUGUUGUUUUGCCAUUUAGGCCUAGACUCUGUUAUUCAAAGUCUCAUUCAAAAACAAUAAAUGUUCACCAUGACAAAUA